GCGGAGUCUCUCUCUGUCCCCCAGGCUGGAGUGCCAUGACGUGAUCUCAGCUCACUGCAGCCUCCGCCUCCCUGGUUCAAGCAAUUCUCCUGCCUCAGCCUCCCAAGUAGCUGGGAUUACAGGCGCCUGCCACCACGCCUGGCUAAUUUUUGUAUUUUUAAUAGAGACGAGGUUUCCCCAUGUUGGCCAGGCUGGUCUCAAACUCCUGACCUAGGUGAUCUGCCCACCUCAGCCUCCCAAAGUGCUGGGAUUACAGGCGUGAGCCACCACGCCCGGCCUUACCUUUUCAUUAUGUAAAUACACACCCAGAAGGAGGCCUGUCUGAGCUGCACAGGACUCUGGUCUGCACCUGAGCAUCUCCCUUUCACUUCUGGAGUGCUUGAAGAGAUCUAGACAAGACCACUUUCUUUGUGGUUUCUUGACUUGCCCACACCCCCUAGGAACUUCCUCUCUCUGAGAGUGAAUAGAGUUUGUCCUUAGAUAGCACUUGCCCGAGGAAGCAGCCAGAAGUAAGAUUUGCUAUCAGUUACUAGGGAAAUGAUUGCUGUUGGAGCUGGCCAAUUAAUCAGCAGGACAGAAAGUUCUUGGACAAACUAGGACAGGCCCCAGCCAUCCCUAAGGCAUAUCAAAAACAAGGGGAGAAUUGGGAGUCUUAUUCACAUUUCCAUCUCUAGUGGCUUGGCCUAGCAUAGUACCUGGUACCACAUUAUUGUUUAAUUAAUAGUUCCUGAAUAUAUUAAUGAAUUAGCAUAACAUGAAACUCUGAAUGUGGUCAUGUUGGGUCAGAACUGUGGUGCGUUAAAGGCAGGAUUCAUCUACUUAUUCAUUCAUCACUUACUGAACUCCUCCUACCAUAAUUCAGCUUUAGUUAGGAAAGUGAUUCACAAUAUUGGUUGCAUUGGAAGCAUCUGGAGAGUUUUAAAAAUCCAGGCCAGGCACAGUGGCUCAUGCCUGUAAUCCUAGUGCUUUAGGAGGCCAAGGCAGAAUUGCUUGAGGGCAGGAGUUCAAGGUCACAGUGAGCUGUGCUCAUGCCACUGCACUCCAGCCUGGGCAACAGAACGAGAACCUGUCUCUAACAAAAUUUUUUUCUUUUAAUCCUGAAACCCAGAUACACCCCAGACCAAUUACAUCAGAAUCAAAUCCAGGAGUGGCAGUAUUGGAGUGUUACAGGGAGACAUACAGGAUUUAAGAAGCCCAUCAUGGAGAAGACCUUCAAUUACAGAGGUAAAAAGUUUUUCUUGUGAACAAGUUACACUAGAUGGAAGAUAACAGACUGAGGAGUGAGCUGCUUCUGACUCGAUUAAAAAGGGAGUGAGCCAUAACUGGCGGCUGCUCUUGCGCCAAUGAGCCUCCCCAAUUCCUCCUGCCUCUUAGAAGACAAGAUGUGUGAGAGCAACAAGACCACUAUGGCCAGCCCCCAGCUGAUGCCCCUGGUGGUGGUCCUGAGCACUAUCUGCUUGGUCACAGUAGGGCUCAACCUGCUGGUGCUGUAUGCUGUACGGAGUGAGCGGAAGCUCCACACUGUGGGGAACCUGUACAUCGUCAGCCUCUCGGUGGCGGACCUGAUCGUGGGUGCCGUCGUCAUGCCUAUGAACAUCCUCUACCUGCUCAUGUCCAAGUGGUCACUGGGCCGUCCUCUCUGCCUCUUUUGGCUUUCCAUGGACUAUGUGGCCAGUACAGCGUCCAUUUUCAGCGUCUUCAUCCUGUGCAUUGAUCGCUACCGCUCUGUCCAGCAGCCCCUCAGGUACCUUAAGUAUCGUACCAAGACCCGAGCCUCGGCCACCAUUUUGGGGGCCUGGUUUCUCUCUUUUCUGUGGGUUAUUCCCAUUCUAGGCUGGAAUCACUUCAUGCAGCAGACCUCGGUGCGCCGAGAGGACAAGUGUGAGACAGACUUCUAUGAUGUCACCUGGUUCAAGGUCAUGACUGCCAUCAUCAACUUCUACCUGCCCACCUUGCUCAUGCUCUGGUUCUAUGCCAAGAUCUACAAGGCCGUACGACAACACUGCCAGCACCGGGAGCUCAUCAAUGGGUCCCUCCCUUCCUUCUCAGAAAUUAAGCUGAGGCCAGAGAACCCCAAGGGGGAUGCCAAGAAACCAGGGAAGGAGUCUCCCUGGGAGGUUCUGAAAAGGAAGCCAAAAGAUGCUGGUGGUGGAUCUGUCUUGAAGUCACCAUCCCAAACCCCCAAGGAGAUGAAAUCCCCAGUUGUCUUCAGCCAAGAGGAUGAUAGAGAAGUAGACAAACUCCACUGCUUUCCACUUGAUAUUGUGCACAUGCAGACUGCGGCAGAGGGGAGUAGCAGGGACUAUGUAGCCGUCAACCAGAGCCAUGGCCAGCUCAAGACAGAUGAGCAGGGCCUGAACACACAUGGGGCCAGCGAGAUAUCAGAGGAUCAGAUGUUAGGUGAUAGCCAAUCCUUCUCUCGAACAGACUCAGAUACCACCACAGAGACAGCAUCAGGCAAAGGCAAAUUGAGGAGUGGGUCUAACACAGGCCUGGGUUACAUCAAGUUUACUUGGAAGAGGCUCCGCUCGCAUUCAAGACAGUAUGUAUCUGGGUUGCACAUGAACCGCGAAAGGAAGGCCGCCAAACAGUUGGGUUUUAUCAUGGCAGCCUUCAUCCUCUGCUGGAUCCCUUAUUUCAUCUUCUUCAUGGUCAUUGCCUUCUGCAAGAACUGUUGCAAUGAACAUUUGCACAUGUUCACCAUCUGGCUGGGCUACAUCAACUCCACACUGAACCCCCUCAUCUAUCCCCUGUGCAAUGAGAACUUCAAGAAGACAUUCAAGAGAAUUCUGCAUAUUCGCUCCUAAGGGAGGCUCUGAGGGGAUGCAACAAAAUGAUCCUUAUGAUGUCCAACAAGGAAAUAGAGGACGAAGGCCUGUGUGUUGCCAGGCAGGCACCUGGGCUUUCUGGAAUCCAAACCACAGUCUUAGGGGCUCGGUAGUUUGGAAAGUUCUUAGGCACCAUAGAAGAACAGCAGAUGGCGGUGAUCAGCAGAGAGAUUGAACUUUGAGGAGGAAGCAGAAUCUUUGCAAGAAAGUCAGACCUGUUUCUCGUAACUGGGUUCAAAAAGAAAAAAAUAAUAAAAAUAAAAGAGAGAGAGAAUCAGACCUGGGUGGAACUCUCCUGCUCCUCAGGAACUAUGGGAGCCUCAGACUCAUUGUAAUUCAAGCUUUCCGAGUCAAGUGAUUGACAACUGAAGGGACACGUGGCUAGGGUUCCACUGGAGAAUUGAAAAGGACUCUUGAGCCCUCCUGGAAUGGAGCUGUAUAACUGUGCAGAGACUAUCCAUGCGAAUAGUUGCUGUCCCCUUCCAGGGGUCACCUUGAGAGGCAUGACAGCUGUUCCACAGGGGCUACCGCUUCUCAGAAAACUUCUCUUCUGAGCCUCUUUUACAGCUUUCUCCAGAACCAGUGUCUGAACCACCCUGGAAAUUCUGCCUUAUUAUUUCUUACUCAAACAUGUUUAGAGUGGAUAGAAAAUUAUGCAGCUUGCACACCCAUUGUCUUUAACCCCAGAUUUCCUUUGGCUAUUAAAAAAGUGGUGGCAAAAGGCAUCCUCGAAAGAGAAAUGAAAUAUUUUUGAAUGGUUGCACGUUAAAAAUUAAAAGAAGGAAUGGGGUCAGAAUGCCAUAUUUUUGAGGGCUGUACUAGGUUUAUCUCAUUUAAGCCCCACAAAACCCCACAGGAGGGUAAUUUUCUAACUCUAGUUUGCAGAGGAGCAAAUUGAGGUUCAGCAAGGUGAGAGAGGUACCCAAGGUCACACAGCUAGUUAUGUGAGAAAGUUAGAGUACAAAUCCUCUGGGGUUUCAGCUUAUUGUAGCGUAUUUUCUCCGAAAGGCAAAAAUGUGCCCUUUUGGCCGGGCAUGGUAGCUCAAGCCUAUAAUCCCAGCAUGUUGGGAGGCCGAGGUGGGCAGAUCAUUUGAGGCUGGGAGUUCAAGACCAGUCUGGCCAAUAUGGAGAAACCUUGUCUCUACUAAAAACACAAAAAUUAUCUGGGCAUGGUGGGGCAUGCCUGUAGUCCCAGUUACUUGGGAGGCCGAGGCACGAGAAUCGCUUGAACCCGGGAGGUGGAGGUUGCAGUGAGCCAAGAUCACGCCACUGCACUUCAGCCUGGGCAACAGAGCAAGAGUCUGUCUCAAAAAAAAAAAAAAUACAAUAUUUUAACAAUGUGCCCUCUUAAGUGUGCACAGAUACACAUACACGGUAUUCCCAAGAGUGGUGGCAGCUCAAAAUAAUAUGUUGAGUAGACGAACAGCUGACAUGGAGUUCCCGUGCACCUAUGGAAGGGGAUGCUUUGAAGGAACCAAGUGCAUUUUUAUCUAUGAGUUCUGUUGUGUUUGUCAAAAAGUCAUUGUAAUCUUUCAUAGCUGUACCUGUUAAGCAAAAACUAGUAAAGACAUAGGAACAUGUAGUUUUACUUGGUGUUUAUGUUGCAAUCUGGUUGUGAUUUAUAUUUUAAAACUUGAUGCUAAACCGUAAUAUGUAUAGCACAUGGAGUGCCUGUACAAGCUGAUAUUUUGUAUUUUGUGUUCCUCUUUGCAUGAUCUGUUAAAAUGAGAUAUUUUUACCUACCUAAAAUAUGAUGUUUAAAAGCAUACUCUAUGUGAUUUAUUUAUUUCUACCUUUCUGAGUCUCUUGGACUAAGAAGAUGUGUUGAAAUGUACCAUCAAAUGUUAACAGAGUUUGAUAUGGGCUUUCUCUUUGGUUUCUCAUCACAUUUGUAAAUGUCUUUUCAAAAGGAUUUACUUUUUAUAAAAAGCUUCAUUCUCACUCUGCUUUGCAUCCCCCAAACUUCUUGUUCAAAACGGGGGUAGUUUAGGAGACUUUAAUCCCGGUUUCAGAAGCUGCAGCUGGUCUGUUUCCAGGUCAGAAACCAUUGUUCAGAAGACCUCCCUGUGAGAGAGUUGCUCCUCAGCGUCCCUCAGGACCAAAGAACACUCAGAAAGAGCACUUCACACAGACAAGUGGCUAAGUGUCCAUUAUUUACCGUGAACAAUCAGGGCAACUAGUGGAGAGAACUGAUUGUGAGCUCUGCCUCUGGGUCAAAGAGACCUGGAUUUGAGUCUGACAAGAACAAGAAAUGGUCAAUAAAUAUAAAUUACCAGCGUCUAAGGAACAA